CGUUUUCCUUCUCCGCUGUGACGAAAAACAAUGAGAGGGGUUGCAAGAAAACGAAGUUUUGAUAGAACAGUAGUUAAGAAAUGCCCAAAAUGUGAAAAACAGAUUCCAGUUGCUUGUAAGUUUUGUACCUGUGGUCACCAGUUCUGGUCAAAGAAGUUUCCAACACUAAUAUCAGGAUCUCCGGACAAUGAAUCACCUACAGGUCGAGUAAGGAGAACCGAGAGGACAAGAAGAGACAGUCAGAGACCAGACUAUUUCAACUCAGUGGUCAUAGACACCCAGUCCAAACGGGGAAGAAGAAAGUCCCAGUCCUUAGUUGCACACCAUGUACAAGGGGAGAACACUCCUACCCCAGCCACAUCAGACAGCAGUCCAGUGAAACGGCGACGAGGGAGACCUAGGGGAACACCCAAUAAACCCUUGCUACCAGAUAGGAACAUUACUAAAACACCUCCACCACCAUCUCCCCCACCAGUGGAGGAAGACAUGCAUGCAGACUUGCCCCCAGAAAGGUUAAAACAGUUCCAGUAUAUACUUAUGGACCUAAAUGCUAAAUAUUGUACCCAGAACUUCAACCCAAGCUGAUGCAUGGAUCUGUUUUCAUGGGGCAUAUUUAAGAAGUGGAAAACUGCAGCUUGUUUGAUUUUGUGAUUGAAAGGCAUGUUCAGCUCUUAAAAUGACACUUGGCAAGAAACAACAAAUGGUUAUUUCAAUAUGAAUUUUUUAUACAUUUACAACACCUCAGCAAGUGAGAUUUUAAUGUUGAAAUGCUAAGAGCAGAUUAUCUAAAAUAUGUGUAUUCUAUACCAGCAGUCUUUGGGCUUACACACACUAGACUCAACAUUUUUAAAAUCAUGAAAUGGAUGUUCUCAUAUAUUAAUACAUGGUAAAGAUAACUAUAUAAAUGUUGUUUUUUUAACCAACAGUUAGACAAUGGAGCAUUUUUAUGAAAAAUAAGUCUGUUUUAAAGAUGUACACUAUUAGUUGCAUAGUAAGUUAGGGACAUGAUAUGGAGUCAUACAAGGUGUGAAAUGGAAAUCCGUAUU